AUGUGCAUCGUCUACUAUCGCUACUUCUACGACGUUGAUCAUGAGAAAGAACUGGGUGCUGCCUUUUCACAAAAGGUUCCAACGACUAAGUUGGCUUACUUCCUAUUGUAUGCGCCGCACUACUUCAGGUUUCACGAGAAUCACUCCCUGGCAGCGUACAUUCACAUCUUCAGAUAUGUUUACGCCAUGCAUAUCCGAGAUACCAAACGAGGCCGGCCGAUGGCGUUCACAAUCAAGGAUGACGACAUUGACUGCGAGAAGGUCAUGCGUCUAGUCAAGACAAUGGACUUCAAGGCGGAUGAAUGGAUUGAGAUUGUUCCUCCUUCAUUCCAUGGGUCCCAACUUACCAUGCCGGCUCACUAUGGGCCUCGCGCUUUGCGAUCGGAAGAUAUCACGAAAUCUUUAAUGCUUCCGGACGUCUAUACACUAGGUUUCCCAGUGUACAUCAACAGCGGAGCCAGAGGAGAGGACGUUCCUGGAGAAUUGUAUCGGCCCAUUAUCGUCCAUAAGAACUGGACAUGGAAUACGACCCACGUCGUUGCCAGCACGUCUGUCCAUGCCAACACACGUCUCCGUGAUGACUUGGACCCUUACGAUUCCGAGGAGAUUCAACUCUGGACUUCUCCUCAGGCACGGGCUCGAGCUCCCUGGACAGACCAUCUUGUCAUUGACACCACACCACGCCAACUCGAACGACACCCUCCCGUGUUCAAUUGCGAUCGUCAGGAUCCUAAUGACCUUCCUCGGCCCCAGCUUGCAGCAGAGCCGUUCAUUCCACUCGCGGCCGCAGAGAAAUAUUUGAAGAAGCUGAUCGCUCAAGUGAGGGCGGCACGGGAGAAGGGACUCAUUCUUCCAGAGCUCCAAUUUGGAUCCAACGGCCUGACUUGGGAUGGAAUGUCCGAACAAGUCGCCCACGACAAGGAACUGCAUUCUCAGAUCAACAUCGACCGAAUGGUCACGGAAGACGCAGAGAUACAAGCUGACACCCUCAGUCCAAAGGACCGCCUUGUUCUCAAGCGCUUCAUGGACGAGGAUUUGGCAGAAGACAAGCAUUUUGCCAGAUGUCUCCUUACUUUCAAGGACACAAUCAAACCAUCUGAUGACAAUCUGAAAAAGUCAGACAUAGUCACAGCAAUGGAUGCGGUGUACGAGCCCAUACGGAAUGCACGAGAAAGCAUACUUGCUUAUGGCAAUGGCGAGAAGAGUGGUCACAAUGCAUUUGCCGACUGCAUCAUGCAGCCGUGCUGCCUUCUGCUAGGACUUGAUUAUCCUGGAAACCUCAAUGAGGCGCAUCGUGCGAUUCAUACCCUCGACUUUGAGCUAGGCAUGGCCGUCGCAAAUAUCGCGCUUCAUUUGGCGCAGCCAACGACUGCAGCUGACCUCAAAAGUGUCGUUGACAAGCUCAGUUCCGUCGAUAAGCUAACAUACGCCAUUCGAUUUGAUUUACUCAGAACGCGGUUGGUGGGACGGAAAUUCACAAACAAAGAUGAAGAUGGUUGGAAACAGGCUUUUGGGAGUGCUUACUCCGACUAG